AUGGGAGUAUAUGAGAAUAAGGACUUUAAUUCAGAUGAUGAUUGUGCAACAGUCAGAGGAGAAACUUUUAAUAAUUAUGAUGAUGAAUUACCUGUAUCAAAAUCCAUGGACUGUACUAUAGAAAAUUCAAAUAUGGAUAUAAUUAAUUCUAUUGAUAACAAUGAUGAUUAUAGUAUUAAUAGUGGUAGUAACAGCAGUAGUGAUAAUGGUUAUAAUACUAAUCAUAGUGAGUGUAAUAUUUCUAUUACUGUUAAUACAAAAUCAGAAACUAAAAGAAUGCCACCUUCAAAAAAACAAUUAAUAUCAAAGUCUAAUAUUGACAAUGAUGAUGAUAUAAAACAAAAGAAAAAUAAUGAUAAUAACAAAGAUAAAGUGACAAAAACUAGAAGAUUGUCUAGAUCACCUAAUAAUAAAAAGAAACAAACAAACAAUAAAUCUUUAAGAUUUCAAAGUACAGACAAUAUUUCUAAUAGUAAUAAGCAAAGAUUUAUUUAUAAAGUAAAUGAAAUAGAUAAGAAUGAUAUUUUUACUAGAGAUAGAGCUGGUCAAACUAAUUUACAUAGAGCAUGUCAAGAAGGCAAAUUAGAUAGAGUUAAAUAUCUGAUAGAUAAAGGAUCUGACAUUAAUGCAUGUGAUAAUGCAGGGUGGAGUUCACUUCAUGAAGCUGCAUAUCAUGGAUAUUUAGACAUUGUGUGUUUUCUAUUAGAAAAUGGAGCAGAAGUUAAUGCCAUUUCAUAUGAUGAAUUGGACACCCCACUUCAUGACGCAUGUGCUGAAGGCCAUGAAGAUAUAAUUAGAGUUUUGUUAGAGUAUGGAGCUGAUCCUGAAAAAACUAAUGUAAAUGAAAAAAGACCUGUGGAUUACACAUCCAAUAAAAAUAUUGUUAAAUUAUUGGGGACAUUUGUGGAAGUUGUUAAAACACCUGUUAAAAAAUCAAACCUUUUAUAUUCAGAUAAAAUACCAUCAAAUGCAUUGUUAUUAAAAAGUGAUGGUGCAAUUGGAAGUAGUAAUGAAGAUGAUGUUCAAACCAAAAAGCCUACAAUUUUAGAAGUAAAUAGUGAUCCUAAGUUUAAACCAAAAGGUUUUGCAAAUAAAAAAAAUUCAUUUGAUAAAUCAGAAAACCAGAAGAAAUCUAUUCAAAAGAAAUCACCAAUUGCGAGUGUAAGAUCAAAAUUUUCUAAUAAUGAUAUUUUAAGGAUGGAUCUUAAAAGUAGAGAUUUGUCUGGAAGAAGUCAGUUGCAUAUUCAUGCCAAGAAAGGUAACAUGGAAAUGGUAGGAAAUUUGAUUGAAGCAGGGGCCAAAAUCAACAUUACUGAUAAUCAUGGACGUACACCAUUACAUGAAUCUGCAUAUGAAGGUCGUUAUGAAAUUGUAAAUAUAUUAGUUGCAAUGGGAGCAAAUAUAAAUGCCACUGAUAACAAAUUCAAUACACCACUUCAUGAUGCAGUCAAGAAUGGUCAUACUGGUGUUGUGGAAGUUCUUUUAUUUAACAAUGCUAAACCUGGUGAAAAAAAUAUUGAGGAUAGAGUACCUUUAGAUUUAGCUAAGUGUAGAAAAGACAUUCCUCAUGAAGAAAUGCUUGAAUUAGAAGUGAAAGGAGUAUUAAUAGAUAACAAUCAAACAUCAUUAGAUCUAGAGCUUCAAGUUACACCAGAAUAUUUGAAAGAUAAAUAUUCAGGACCAUUAUAUACAGUUCAACUGAACACUAGUACUCCAGGAUAUCCACUUGCUACACCCAUCAUCUCUCCAUCUGGAACAUUAUUUGUUGUAGAUUUACAAGUAGAAUUAAUCUUAAAUUUGAAAAUAAGCACAUUGAUACAAUUGUAUCCAAGUCUUAUCAAUAGACCUAUCUCAUUAAUGGAAAAAGAAAGACUCUGGCCAUUGCUACGUUCUAUGAUAUGGGCACCAUCAAAAUCUAUUAAUCCUUCUGAAGUCGUGGCAUUGGAAGAUCAAAGAAAAUCAAAAUUCUUGGAAGUUCAAAUGCACUUUGUAAAGUAUGAAGAGGCUAUUAAAUUAAUCAAGGAUAAAUUGAAAAAUCUUUAUCUUACAACUGUUGAAUUGGAUAUUUCAGACUACCCAAAUAUAGAUGAUGAUAAAACCAGGAUUAAUUAUGGCUCAAUGGAAAUUGAUAAUGAUAAUAAAUUUCUUCCUAUAACAUAUCCGUUAUCACCCAUUUCACCCAUUGCACCUAAUAGAUUUGAACAAUUAGAAAAACAAUGUUUAUUUGAAUAG